AAAAUAAAAGCAUAUUGGAGAGAUUAUAAGCCCUGAGCUUCCUCUGAUAGAUGGUAUUAUUGCCAAAACUCAGUUUCCGAGACUCUUUUUUUGGCUGUUGUUUGCAGUUGAGAACCCAGGAAUUCCCUUCCCUCUUUUCAGUUUCCUUCGUAGACAGAAAAAAAUUAACCAUGGCUUUGGAAUUGGUUGGUGGAGCUUUUCUCUCUGCUUCGUUUCAGGUGGUGAUUGAAAAAAUGGCUUCUCUGAAGAUCGUUGACUCCAUCUGGGGAAAGAAACUCAAUGAAGGGCUGUUCAGGGAGUUGAAGAUUAUGCUGUUGUCAGCUAAUGCGGUUGUCAAAGAUGCUGAGGAUAAGCAAGUUUGGAACACAAAUGUGAGGGAGUGGCUUCAUGAACUCCAAGCAGCAGUAUAUGAUGCAGAGGACUUGGUGCAAGCGAUCGAUGCUGAAGCUUUGCGAUGCAAGAUAGAAGCUGAGUAUGGAAGCAGCAGCUCAAGUCAUUGUCAGGUACUCAACCUCUUGCCCAUGCCUGCUACUUCUUUUAAGCAACAAGUAGAAUCCAAGAUGAGAGUGGUAAUUGAUACAUUAAAAUUCAUUUUGGAUCAAAAAGUUCACCUUGGAUUAAAAGAAGGUAGUGUUCAGACUAUAUCUUCAAAGAGAAUACCUGCAACGUCUACUGUAGAAGAAUCUGGUGUUUAUGGUACGGAUGACGAUAAAGAAGCCAUUAUUAAGUUGUUGCUAGCAACUGAUGAGAGCAGUGGUGAGAAAUUUUCUGUGAUUCCCAUAGUGGGCAUGGGUGGGAUUGGAAAGACCACCCUUGCUCAACUUGUUUACAAUGAUGAAAGGGUGAAGAAUUGUUUUGGUUUUAAAGCAUGGGUUUCUGUGUCAUAUGAAUUUGACAUUUUCAAAAUAACCAAACUAAUUACAGAAAGGGUGGCUAAUUCCCCAUCAUUUAAUAAUAGUGAUGACCUAGACCUACUUCAAGUGAAACUCCAGGAGGCUUUGGAAGGGAAAAAGUUUCUCCUUGUCCUGGACGAUGUUUGGAACGAGGAUUACUUUCAAUGGGAAGAGCUCAAGAAGCCAUUUGAAAGUGGUGCCUGUGGAAGUAAAAUAAUUGUGACGACACGCAAUGAAAGUGUGUCAUCGGUGAUGCGUAAUAAUAACAUCCCAUCUUUUCAGAUACAAACAAUGUCUGAUGAGAAUUGCUGGAAAUUAUUUGUUAAGCAUGCCUUCGUCAAUGUAGAUCCAUGUUGUCAUCCAAAAUUAGAAGAAAUUGGAAGAAAAAUUGUCCAAAAGUGCAAAGGCCUUCCACUAGCAGUAAAGUCACUUGGCAGCAUUUUACGACAUCAACUGCAUUUGGAGGAAUGGGAGACUAUACUAAAAAGCGACAUUUGGGACUUGCCCAAACAGAAAAACAGCAUUCUACCAGCUUUAUGGUUGAGCUAUCAGUAUCUACCUUCAAAUCUCAAACGAUGUUUUGCUUAUUGUUCUGUGUUCCCAAAAAAUUAUGAAAUUGAUAAAGAUGAGUUAAUCAAGUUAUGGAUGGCCGAAGAUCUUUUGGAACCCCAAAACAACAAGAGGAUAGAAAAAGUUGGAGAAGAUUACUUUGAUGACUUAUCGUCAAGAUCAUUAUUUCAAAAAUCAAGGUGGUUUCGAGCAACCAUGCAUGAUCUUGUCCAUGACUUGGCUACAUUUGUAGCAGGUGAUUUUUGUUUAAGCUUGAAUGGCAAUAACUCGGAUAAACUUCUAAGCAAGGUUCGUCAUCUUUCAUGCCUCAAAGAACAAAGCUUGGAGCAUAACUAUGAGGAUUUAUUCAAAGUUAAGUGUCUCCGCACCUUAUCCUUUCCAUCAAAUUGUUAUCGUCAGCUACAAUUGGAUUUGGACUUCUUAGAUCGAAUGAACUUGUGGGCAACACUAGCAUGCUUAAGAAGUCUAUCUUUCCAUGGAUGUUCUAUUGCAAAGUUGUCUGAUUCAAUUGGGAAUUUGAAACUUCUAAGGUAUCUAAACUUAUCCAAGACUAUGAUUAGUGAGGUGCCUAAUACAGUUUGUCGUUUGUACAAUUUGCAAACACUGAUUUUGUCAGCUUGUUUUGAACUUAAGCUGUUGCCAACUGAAAUGGGAAGACUGAUCAACUUGCGCCAUCUUAACAUAGCAUCCACAAAUUUAGAAAAGAUGCCACUACAGAUGUGCAAUUUGAAAAAUUUGCAAAUGCUUACUGAUUUUGUUGCCGGUAAAUAUAGCGGGUAUACCAUUCGGUUGCUAAAAGAUUCAUUAUUUGCAUGGAAAACUUAGUUUUAGAGGACUAGAAAACGUUGUGAAUGUGGAAGAUGUUUUGGUGGCCAAUUUGAAGGAAAAGAAGUACCUUACAGAAAUAGAGUAUUGUUGGAGCUUUUGUGAUUAUGGUACACUGAUAUAUAAAGAGGUACUUAGUGGGCUGGAACCUCACACAAGCUUGAAGGUUCUCAUUAUAAAUGGGUAUGGAGGUGAAAAUUUUCCAAAGUGGGUAGGACAUCCUUGUUUUCGUAAUUUAGAAAAUAUACAUCUUCAAGGAUGUAGGGAGUGUACGAUGUUGCCGCCACUUGGGCAGCUACCAUUUCUGAAGAAGCUUAAAAUUUCAGGAUUUGAUGAAUUGGUGAAAGUAAGCAAUGAGUUUUAUUGUGGUGGUUGUUCAGUGCCAACUAGGCCAUUUAGAUGUUUAGAAUCGUUAUAUAUUUAUGAUAUGAAAAAGUGGGAGGAGUGGUCAUUCUUUGAAGAGGAUGGAGAUGGCGCUUUUCCUAAGCUUGUGAUAUUUAAUUUGGAAAAUUGUCCAAUAUUAAAUGCACGUAUAUGCUUUCCCAUUACAAUAGAAGAAGUCAAAAUACGUGGAUGCAGAAAAUUUGAGUUUUCUACAAAGCAGCAGGAACAGCACGCUCAUCUAAGAAAUCUUGGAGGAUUACAUAUCCAAGCAUAUGAGGAUGCUUGUAUUGCGUUAGACUACAUCACAAUGGUUACAAGUUUUAUUCUGGAAGAUUGUUGGAAUCUGAAGUCCCUCACAUAUUUGCAGCAACCUGCUGCGACCCUUUCUCUGAAAACGUUGAAACUAAUAUUGUGCGUAAAGUUGGAGUCAUUUCCCAGAGGAGGAGUGCAUGCCCCAUGCCUGGAAGAGUUAGAGAUUUUAUAUUGCUGCAAGUUGAAAUCACUGCCAGAGAACAUGCAAACCCUUCUUCCAUCUCUGCAUAUAUUGGAUAUAAAAGGAUGUCCAGAAGUAGAGUCAUUUCCAGAAUGCCCAAUGCCCUCCAAUUUACAACGACUUCAAAUUUACGAAUGUGAUAAGUUGUUGGCAAGCCGUAGGCACUGGGAUCUACAAACACUCACUUCUCUUUCAAUCGGAGACAUUGAUGAACUAGUGUUGGAUUCAUUUCCAGAGGAGGGGUUGUUGCCCGACACUCUCAUUAACCUCUCCAUCGUCUCGCUUCCACUCCUUGAAGCCCUCAAUGGCAAGGCCUUGCGACACCUCUCCUCACUUGAACAAUUGGAGAUUUCAUUAUGCGAUGAGCUGAAGUGCUUGCCAGAAGAAGGGCUGCCCACCUCUCUUUCUGUGUUGGAUAUCAAUGAAUGUCCUUUACUAGAACAGCGGUGCCAAAGAGAGACAGGAGAAGACUGGCCCAAGAUUGCCCACAUCCGUCACAUAAAAAUCGACCAGCAGGACAUAUGAUGAGCACUAAGCAGCAUCUUCAUGUGUCCACUUCUCUUUUACUUCUCUUCUCUUUGUGUGGAUUGACUGGUUUGCGUACUUGUAGUGAGAAGAGAUUCUGGAUAUUUCCAUGGGAUUUCAUCGUUGCAGCUGUGUUACAGAUCGAAUGGUUAAAUGUCCUUAAUUCUUGGAUGGUUCAUUUGGAUGGACGAGAAGGAGAAGUUAGAGCAAAUGCUUGUCUUUUGAUGUUUACUUUGGAUUUUUUUCAGAAAUGUUACUACUGGGUGCUGGUGUGAUAUUUUGGAUGAUUGAUUGGAUCUCUAAUUCAGUCGUCAAUUAAGUGCUGUUUUGUGCUGGAAGAAUGGUGCUUGAGAGAGAGAGAGAGAGAGAGAGAGGAGGAUUAGCCCAAGAUUGCCCACAUUCCUUGCAUAUUCACCCACAUUGAAGCCAUAUGUUGAUUAUUGAGCAUCAAGAUGUUUCUGGUUCUUGUUGGUUCUCCAAUUUGUUCAGGUUUACUUUGGUAAGCUCUUAUUCGAACAUUUUACUGCAAACUGAGAAUAGAGGAGUAUAUGCUAUACGAUGCUGCUAUCAUAUUUUGGUGUGGAUAAAGCAUCCUUAUUUUCAGUAGGUCAGUUUUGAACUCUUAUCUGUUUUUCUGCUUAAAAUCCAUGGUAUUCUUAUAUUCUAUUUCAAAUGAGUUCUAUAUAAUGUUAAGGGUCCUGUUAACGGUUUCAUCUUAAUGAGAGCGCGGAUUGGCUGGUUUGUGAAAUUGUCGUCAUGCUGAUUCAUCAACAUUCAUGGAGAUUUUCACUGUGCUGGACUUUUUGAUAUUUUGUUGAAUUAUUUAUCUUCGCAAUUAUUCAGAUUUGAAUGGUUUGAUGUGUAUAAUGCUUGGAUGUUUAUGAAGGUAUGGUAACACAGUCAAUGUUUCAGGAUAACUUUUUGCAUGGAUAUUAGAGAGAAAUUUUUAUAAUUAGGAUUUUGAUGGUUCUUUUGAAUUUUUUAUCUCAAGUGAGGAAACUGUAUGGAUUAUGAUGUACAGAACUCAGAUGGCUAACAAGGCAGCCAGCUCACAUUAACAGUUUUCUUUAUGGUUA